AUGCCUACCAAUAUUGACCCCGACGCCCUUGUCAAGGCAGGGGCCUUCACCAAGAAGUUCUACCGGGACAUUUACCCCGCCAUCGACCCUACAGACCCUGCGCUCUCCCAGGCGGGCAAGGUGGUGGUUAUCACAGGCGCGAGCAGAGGUCUCGGCCGGUCUGCAUUUGCCGCCGCCUUUGCCCGCGCGGGUGCUGACGCUAUCAUCCUCCUUGGCCGGUCCGUAUCUGAUCUGGCUGAGACGGCGGCUCUCGUCACUCAGAUCAACCCACGGACGAAGGUCUUCACAGCCUCAACUGACGUGACCGAUGCAGCCGUCGUGGAUCGGGUGUUUCAAGAGAUCGUGACCAGGUUCGGAGUGCCGCACGUCUUGAUAAACAACGCCGGCACGUUGGAGUCGCUGAACUCCAUUAUUGAUUCUGAUGUGGACAAUUGGUGGGCCACACAGGAAACCAACGUUAAGGGAGUGUUCGUGGUCACCAAAACCUUCCUUAAACACCAGCCCAGCCCCCAGGCUGUCAUUCUUAAUCUGGUUUCGUCGGCUGCUCAGGCGCGGCCGCCAGAGAUGAGCAGCUAUUCAAUGAGCAAGAUUGCAAUCGCCAAGUUCACAGAGUUUCUGCACAUGGAACACCCACAGAUCACCUCUAUAGGGCUUGAUCCAGGUAUUAUCCCGACCGAGAUGGCUGUCCGCGUGCCCUUUCAGGCGCCGUUCAUGAAGGACACGCAUGAGCUAGUGGGGGGCACCGCAGUAUGGCUUGCGAGUGGCGACAAACAGUACCUGUCCGGUCGAUAUAUCUCGGCUAAUUGGGACAUGGAGGAGCUGCAGCAUAGGAAAGACCAGUUUUCAGAUGACCGGCUGCUGACAUUUGCUUUGAAGGGUGACUUUGGUCAUGGUCAUGAUCAUGGCAUCCAACAAUAUUUGAUAUAG